AGAAAAUUGCCACCGCAAAUUCUACUUCAUUACUCAUUCAAAAGGAAGAAAAAAUCAAUUUAUGCCAAGCAAAUGGAGAAGUCUCCGAAAACUUUUUCGAAUCGUAUUGUUUGCCUAUUGAGGGAAACAACGGUGGAACCAUUCAUAUUCUUUACAGCGCUUGGACUCUUUACAACCAUGUUACCCCUUCAGUCUCUUCUGAUGGACAGGGCAUGUCGAAACAUGUUGAUGUACAAUGAGACCAUCUGUGACGAACUAGAUCAUCACAAGGAGGUACAAGAGAAAAGCAUUGAAAUUGGAAACAACGUAUAUACAUGGGUUAUGCUUACUACCAGUUUGCCAUCAUGCGUCAUAGCUGUCUUUGUUGGCCCAUGGAGCGACAAAUAUUCUAGGAAAAUACCACUGAUUAUAGGAGUGAGCGGUCUUCUGACUGAGAGUAUAGUGAUGCUGCUUCUGACCUUCAGUCAGGGGGCGCCACCUACUGUUUAUAUAGGAGUGGCGGCCAUAUCUGGUGUGAGUGGGGGCAUACUUGUCUGCUUUUCUAUAUCGAACAGCUACUUAUCUGACGUCACUGAUGAAAGGUCGCGGCCAACUCGUUACGCCAUUAUGAGUUGUUGUCUGAUAGCAGCUACUGUUUUGGGCAACGUGAUUGGUGGUCAACUUUUUGCAUCGUAUGGAUACGUGGCUGUAUUAAGUAUUUCUCCUUGCUUCUACGUGUGUGCUCUCAUUUACGCUGUCUUAGCUCUGAAGGAAACAAUUACCCCUCAUGAAAAAAACAGACUUGGCAUUUUGUUCGAUUUCUUUACGUUUGAAAACAUCAAGGAGAGCUAUCGUACAUGUGUCAGAAAGAGAAGCGGCAAUUUAAGGCUUCAAAUAUGGCUGCUAAUAUUUGUGGAUACCUGCUCUAAAUUUGUCGAGUUAGGCAACAUGGGUAUACAGUUUGCCUUUCUGAAACACGUGUUUAAAAUGGGAGUGGAAGAUUCAUCGAAUGCAAACAUAAUAUUCUCUGUUUGUAAUGCUCUUGGAACUAUUCUAGUAGUCCCUAUCCUCAUUGAAAAACUUCGACUCCACGAAGCAGCCCUCGGACUCAUAGGAAUUCUCUCAUUCAUGUCUAGAAUGGUGCUCACAUCUGUAUCAGAUUCACCUACAUUCUUCUAUUUAGCAAUGGUGAGUGGUUCUUUAUUCAAUUGUUCAACGAUAGCCGUAUCUUCAAGAUUAUCAAAACUAGUCAAUAAAGAAGAACUAGGAAAAGCUUUUUCAUUACUCUGGAUGUUUUCUACUCUGGCACCGAUGCUUGGAACGGCAGUGUUCCUUCAGAUUUACAACGCUUCUCUAAAUUCAUUUCCUGGAUUAGUGUUUGUUUUAGCUUCUAUUUUUCUAUGUCCCAGUGCCAUUGUUUUCGGGUGGAUGAUGAAGUUGCCAACGAUAUCUGUCGGAGAAUUUGCAAGAGAAGAAAAAGUAGAAAACACUCUAACUGCUUUUUAAGUGUUGCCAUCAUAUUAGUAAAAAUGUUGGAAUUAGUAGCACAGAUUCGGAUGUUAAAAGUGAACCUACUUCGCUACAUUGCAUUAUUGUAUUCAGUGUACGGAAUAAAAUCAUUUAAAUCAA